AUGGCUCAACAGUUUGUCAACAGCAGAAUCCACCCUGGGAAGGUGGUCGUGUUCAUCAAGCCCACCUGCCCCUACUGCAGACAGACCCAAGAGAUUCUCAGCCAGUUGCCUUUCAAACAAGGGCUCUUGGAAUUUGUUGAUAUCACAGCCACUACUGACAUGAAUGCGAUUCAGGAUUAUCUCCAGCAACUCACAGGAGCCAGAACAGUGCCUCGGGUUUUUAUGGGUACUGACUGUAUAGGUGGCUGCUCCGAUCUAAUAACUAUGCAAAAGAAUGGGGAGCUGUUGAAGCGUCUAGAGGAGAUGGGAGUUCUACAAUAA